ACAACAUGGCUGCCAAAACCAUCAAUAACGAAAUCUAUCCAGAUUCAACGAUUACAUUAGCUUUAUUCCGGGACGUCGACAAUACUAAAGAGAUCAGACAAUGUGUAAUGGACGGACAGUUUGAGGCAGCAAUACUGAAAUCUUCAAUGAUAGUUGAUCCAUUUCAAGUUGUAAUUGCAGCUAAUAAAGCAGUUCAUCAAAGUAGAGUGACAAAAACUAUGACGAAAAAUGUCCAUACAGAAAUCUUGUACAAUUUAUCACCAACAAAAAAUAUAUCAGAUUCAUUUCGUAAGUUUGGUGCAGGAGAUAAUGAUACCAGUGUAUUCAUAGCUAUAAUUGAUGAUGCAGACCAUAAAACUUUUAAUAUUGUAAAGAAAACAGUCAAUGGAAAGUUAGUAGAUGUCAAUGAAGUUAGUGAAUUAACUGAUUUGGUUGCUGUUAAAAAGAUCUAUAAAUUAACUGAUGAAGAAAUGAAAAGGUCACCAUUAGAUUCUAUUGUUACUAGAAUCGCAGCUAAAGACAUUAUGACAGUAUGACCUCGAUGAUCCAAGCUAUUUUCCCCACAUGAUUUGUGAGAAAAAGUUUAAUCGAUAUGUUAGAAAACUGAAAGACUGUAGAAGAAAUAUACAGAAAUUGUGUUUUUAUGAAAUCACUGAUGCAUAAAAGUAUGUGUGCUUGAGUUUUCAGGACAAUCAAACGAUUUUGCACUAGAGUUGUACAGGACUUUAUAACAAUGUGCAUCAGAUUCUGAUAAAAAGAUGUCAAAAUGCCUACAAAUCACCAUGUGAAGGUUUGAUGAAAUAAAAAAAACAAAGUAUAAAUAG